AUGCGAAAUUCGUUACUUAAAGCAUCAAUUUGCCUUCUGCUUCUAUUAUCUAACAAUAAUGCAACUAAUGAAAAUUUCGACUACGACGACGAUAGCGAAUAUUUUGACUACGACGACGUUAGCGAAUAUGAUCCGAAUUCAACACUAGGCGCAUACGCAGAUUCAUACUGUGAGGCUAUGAAUUCUAAAUUUCUUAUGACUGAACUUCAGACAUACGUUGAUCCCCAGAAUGCGGAAGAAACAAUAAAGCCCGCUAAUAAGGUGCUAUACAGUUUGAUGAAAAUGCAUAUUUCAGAGAAGUGGGAAAAUCGAAAAACUCUGGAUAUCGCACAAAUUCAAAUUGAAAUGAUGAAGAAUUAUUUGAGAGAAGCGAAUAAGAAAAUGAAAACAUUCAAAACUGAACUUAAAGUGUUGGAAAAGGCAGCAGUCAUCGCAUCUAAUGCAUACAGAAAAACUUCAACUUAUUCGCGAAAUGUGGGCAAGGGAACAUCCACAAAUGACACACUGAAUGAUGCCAAAAUCACAGAAGCCUAUGAGAAGGCUCGCUCUGAGUUUGCCGACGGCACAGAGAAACUAAAGGAGAAAAUAAAACAACUGGAAAUGUGGAGGAUUGAAUUUUUAAAGUGUAAGUUGAAAUGUAAAAAUAAUUUAGAACUGCCUAGUUCAAACUCCAGAGAAUAG